AUGAAGAAGGCAGAAGGAGCCCUCGAGGUUGAUGACAUUGUGGACAAGUGCUUGGAAGUGAAGGGAGGAAAGCCUGGAAAACUUGUGAACAUCCCAGAGGCACAGGUCAAAGGCUUGUGCAGUGCUGCCCGCACAGUCUUCUUGGAGCAAAGUGCAUUGCUUGAGUUGGAAGCUCCCCUGAAGAUUUGUGGGGAUGUGCAUGGCCAAUACCAUGACCUGCUUCGCCUGUUCGAAUAUGGCGGCUUCCCACCUGAGAGCAAAUACCUCUUCCUGGGUGAUUAUGUGGAUCGAGGCAAACAAAGCCUUGAGACGAUCAUCCUGCUCUUUUCCUACAAGGUCAAGUUUCCUGAGAACUUCUUCUUGCUGCGAGGGAACCACGAGUGUGCUUCAAUCACGCGAAUCUAUGGCUUUUACGAUGAGUGCAAAAGGCGCUACAACAUCAAGCUUUGGAAGCAGUUCUGCGACGUCUUCAACUGUAUGUCUGUAUGUGCCAUCAUUGAUGAGAAAAUCAUUUGUAUGCACGGUGGAUUGUCCCCAGAGAUCACAUCUCCUGAUCAAAUCAAAAGGCUGGUGAGGCCAACUGAUGUGCCCGAUACUGGCUUGAUUUGCGACCUCUUGUGGGCAGAUCCGGAUAAGGAUAUUGCUGGGUGGGCUGAGAAUGAUCGCGGUGUCUCCUUCAUUUUUGGACCUGAUGUGGUAUCAACCUUUUUGCAGAAGCACGAGAUGGAUUUGGUCUGCCGAGCUCAUCAGGUGGUCGAGGACGGCUAUGAGUUCUUUGCCAAGCGCCAGCUCAUCACCCUAUUUAGUGCUCCGAACUACUGUGGUGAGUUUGACAAUGCAGGGGCGAUGAUGAGCAUCGAUGAGACACUCAUGUGCAGCUUCAAAGUCUUGAAGCCAGUGAAGGGCAAGAAAUAG